UUUUAGCCGAUCGCUAAUUCUCAGUCGCGCGAUAUUUUCAAUAAUCAACGAACAUUAUAAAUUCGUCCCUCCAUCGUCGUUCCUCAGUAAAAACGAUCCAUAUUCAAACAGCUAAAAUUAUUUAAAAUCCAUAGUUCGGAAGACACCCUUUGUCCGCGUGCUCACGAUCACCGGAGCGAAGUAUAGCAUCAGGGGAUCGUCAUUCCCGGAGUUCAGAAACGUCUCGCGGCACGCGUUUUUAAAAAUGAGAACCGCUGCCUUCUACACACCAGCCUGCCGUUCUAAGACACAAUUUAGAGAAGGGGAAACCGGCGCGCUCGCGUGUAUGCGUGUACACGUAUAUACAUUCCCACUCACACGCGUGCGGAGUCGCGAUAAAAGUGUAUUUUUCUCGUCUACUCGCACAGCAGCUCCGUACUCACCGCGGGCCUAACCGACAGCACUCUCGCAGCUAUAGUAAACCGGCUCCGGACUUCCAGAUUCCUGAACAGAGGCAUGGCUACCGACGUCCGCGGUGUCGUGCUGUCCGGCACUGAUCUCGCCAAAGAGAUCCGAGAAUCCUUGGCAAAGGAUGUCGCCGCGAUCCAGCAGAAACUGCCCAAUUAUGCACCAGGCUUGGCCAUCGUGCAAGUGGGCGGUCGGGAGGAUUCGAAUGUUUACAUUCGCAUGAAGAUCAAGGCAGCCAGCGAAAUUGGCAUUAAAGCCACGCACGUCAAGAUGCCGAACACGACGACCGAACACGAGCUGCUCACCAAGUUGAACAAACUCAACAAUGAUCCGGACACCCACGGCAUCAUCGUCCAGAUGCCCCUUGACAGCGUCAACAAAAUCAAUUCUCACCUGAUCACAGACACCGUCUCGCCCGACAAGGAUGUCGAUGGAUUGAACACAAUCAACGAGGGCAGAGUCGCCAUCGGAGAUAUGUCCGGAUUCUUGCCCUGCACUCCGAAUGGUUGCAUCGAGCUGAUCAAGAGGAGCGGAGUACCAAUCGCCGGAGCUCAAGCUGUUGUGCUCGGUAGGAGUAAGAUCGUCGGUACGCCAGUCGCUGAACUGCUAAAAUGGCACAACGCCACCGUCACGGUUUGUCACUCCAGAACCAAAGAUCUUCCCUCGGUCGUCUCGAAAGCAGAUAUCGUAGUGGUCGGUAUUGGUCAACCCGAACUUGUCAAAGGAUCGUGGAUCAAACCUGGCGCGGUUGUCAUCGACUGCGGUAUCAACUCUAUUCCAGACCCGACGAAAAAGUCAGGACAGCGUCUGGUGGGUGACGUCGACUACGCGGAAGCAGCGAAGGUAGCCUCGUACAUAACGCCGGUACCCGGUGGAGUCGGCCCCAUGACUGUGGCUAUGUUGAUGAAGAACACGGUGAUCUCGGCGCAACGCGCGGCCGAGCGCCUGCUGCACAACGACUGGAAGGUGCGGGUACUCAAGCUCAACCUCGAGAAGCCGGUGCCGAGCGACAUCGCGAUAUCCCGCGCCCACGAGCCCAAGCCGAUCACCAUGAUCGCCGAGGAGAUCGGCGUGCUGCCCAACGAGCUCAGUCCCUACGGCAGCAAGAAGGCCAAGAUCGGGCUCAGCGUGAUCAAGAGGCUGCAGCACCAGAAGGACGGCAAGUACGUCGUGGUCGCCGGCAUCACUCCGACUCCCCUUGGCGAAGGCAAGAGUACCACCAGUCUGGGUCUCGUGCAGGCCCUCACUGCGCACAAGGGCAAGAACUCGUUCGCCACCCUCAGGCAGCCCAGCCAGGGACCGACUUUCGGCGUGAAGGGCGGCGCCGCCGGUGGUGGUUACGCCCAGGUCAUACCCAUGGAGGAGUUCAACCUCCAUCUGACCGGUGACAUCCACGCGGUCACGGCGGCGAACAACCUCAUGGCUGCGCAGAUCGACGCUCGCUACUUCCACGAGGAGACGCAGUCCGACAAGGCGCUCUACGAUCGCCUCGUGCCCACGGUCAAGGGCGUCAGGAAGUUCUCCAGGAUCCAGCUGAGGCGAUUGGCCAAGCUUGGCAUCCAGAAAACCGAUCCCAACACCCUGACCGAGGAGGAGCAGAGCAGGUUCGCGCGACUCGACAUCGACCCCGAGAACGUACCCUUCACCAGAGUGGUCGACCUGAACGACCGGUACCUGCGCAAAAUCACGAUCGGCCAGAGUCCCACGGAGAAGGGCAAGAUCCGCGAGACCGGCUUCAAGAUCUCCGUUGGCUCGGAAAUCAUGGCCAUCCUCGCCCUGGCAACUAGCGUCGAGGACAUGAAGACUCGUCUCGCCAACAUGGUCGUCGCCUUCAACAAGAAGGGCGAGCCUCUCACGGCCGACGAUUUCGGCAUGACCGGAGCCAUGGCGGUCCUGCUGAAGGACGCGAUCGAGCCGACCCUGAUGCAGAGCGUCGAGGGCACACCGGUGCUGGUACACGCUGGUCCGUUCGCCAACAUCGCCCACGGCUGCUCGUCGAUCAUCGCCGAUGCGAUCGCCCUGAAGCUCGUCGGUCCCGACGGUAUCGUCGUCACGGAGGCUGGUUUCGGCUCCGACAUCGGUAUGGAGAAGUUCUUCGACAUCAAGUGCCGUAAGUCCGGCCUGGUGCCCAACGCCGUCGUCCUCGUCGCCACGAUCCGCGCGAUCAAGAUGCACGGCGGUGGACCCGCUGUCACCCCUGGCGCGCCGCUCAAGAAGGAGUACGUCGAGGAGAACCUCGAGCUCGUGCAGAAAGGUCUGCCCAACAUGAUCAAGCACAUCAGCAACGGCACCAAGUUCGGCAUCCCCGUCAUCGUCGCCAUCAACGCGCACCAGAGUGACACGCCAGCUGAACUGCAGCUCGUAAAGGAAGCCGCCUUGGCGAACGGCGCGAGCGAUGCAGUCGUCUGCACGCACUGGGCCGAGGGAGGCCAGGGUGCCCUGGAACUCGCUGACGCCGUCUCCGCUGCUACCUCUAAGCCGAGCAACUUCCACUUCCUCUACGAGCUUGACCUCAGUAUCGAGGAGAAGAUCAACAAAAUCGCCAAGGAGAUGUAUGGCGCCGGAGAGGUCGUCCUUAACGAUAAGGUCAAGGCGAAAAUCCAAGAGUACAACAAAUUCGGCUACGACAAGCUGCCGCUCUGCAUGGCGAAAACAUCGAACUCCCUGACCGGAGACGCCAACAUCAAGGGAGCGCCGACCGGUUUCAAGCUCGACAUCACGGAUAUCUUCGUAUCAGUAGGCGCUGGUUUCGUCGUACCGAUGGUCGGAGAAAUCUUGAUGAUGCCGGGACUACCAACGAGGCCAAGUAUUUACGACAUGGACUGGAACAGUGAAACGGGCGAGAUCGAGGGAUUGUUUUAAAUGAAGAUUUUGAAGCUUUAAUAAUUGUUGAAGAACACUACGUGUAUAUUUACAUAAUAAGCAUUCCUUGUUAUACAUCAUUUUUCAUACAAUGAUUCUAUCAUACACAACUCAUGAUUUCUUUUAAUUUUGUAUUGUUGCAAUAUAAUUAUAUAUCUAUUACAUUUUUGAAA